CGGUAUCGGUAGCUUAACAAGUUGAGAGAGAAAAUUUUUCACGUAAAGUUACACAAAGUUUAUGAAAAACAAAAAAAAAUGUUGGUCACAAACGAAAUUUUAUUUGGAAUCUUGGGCAUUGUUAUUACCUUUUUGACGACAUCAGCUGAUUUACUUUUAGAAAAUCCAAAAUUCAGCGAACCCAUCUUCAAUGUAACAGUUCCUGUAGGUCGUGAAGCGAUUUUAAAAUGUUUAGUGGAAGAUUUAGGAGCAUACAAAGUUGCCUGGCUUCGUGUCGACACUCAAACAAUUUUAACCAUUCACAGUCAUGUAAUAACGAAGAAUCAUCGGAUUGGAGUUACUCAUAGCGAACGUAAAACUUGGUAUCUCCAUAUUAGGGAGGUUAGAGAGUCGGAUAAGGGAUGGUAUAUGUGCCAAAUUAAUACGGAUCCUAUGAAAAGUCAAGUUGGAUAUUUAGAAGUCGUAGUUCCUCCAGAUAUUUUAGACUAUCCAACUAGUACGGACAUGAUUGUUAGAGAGGGGGCGAAUGUCAACCUUCGAUGCGUCGCAAAAGGGUCACCUCACCCUUCGAUAACUUGGAAAAGGGAAGGAGGCGAUCUAAUACUCCUACCGUCAGGAGAUCAAGUGGUCAGCGUUGAAGGGCCUACACUGAACAUCACCAAAGUUACACGACAACAAAUGGGGCCGUAUCUUUGUAUAGCUUCGAAUGGAGUUCCACCAUCUGUUAGCAAACGGAUUAUGUUGAUAACUCAUUUUCCGCCAAUGAUUUGGAUUCAAAACCAAAUGGUAGGGGCAUAUGAGGGUCAACAGGUGACCCUCGAGUGCCAUUCUGAAGCUUACCCAAAACCUAUCAACUAUUGGACGACGGAUAAGGGGGAAAUAGUACCGCAAAAUGGAAAAUACGAACUGGCCCUUAUCGAGAAUAACUACAAAGUUCAUAUGAAACUUACCAUCAAAUCCGUGAUUGCCUCAGAUUAUGGAUCUUAUAAAUGUGUAUCUAAGAAUGGUCUUGGAGAUACAGAUGGGAGUAUCCAUUUAUAUGCCAUUCCAAAACCGAGUAAAAGAUCUAAUGGAACUUCCAAAAAAGGGAAGUACCGGAAGAAGUAUAAUGACGUAACGGCCGACUCUUCUCGAACUGGGGCUGCUUCGGAAGACCAAGCGGACUCCCUCUAUCAAGAAGAGGACUACUUUAAUUCGGCCCCCAGGAAUAUAAAUCAGCCCCUAGGCAUCGUAGUGCUCGUGCUCCUGCUUUUGGCUCCGUUGCCUUUCUUUUUACUACAAUAAUAAAUCUGGAAGUCCGCGGGGCGGCCGACGUUUUUAUAUACAUAUGUCUACUUCCUACGUCUACAAGUGGUUUUUCCUUUUUUUUUCCUUCAACCCUCUUUAUCCUUUUCGUCCCCGGCAUUAUCCCCCCGUCGUUAUUCUGUCGGUCGUUUUUCGCCCCCAACCCUAAACCGCAGCAGGACAAUACAAGGGGAUAUCUAAAGCGGCAUAAACGACGCCGUUUCCUAAGGAUCUCGUCUUCAUUGUCGAAGAAAGGGCUUUUAAUCCUUGCGAAUGGACGGAUUGCGACGACGUGAUCCCACUAAUGAGACUUUAACGGGGAGUUAAAAAGGUUUUUUCUUAAUGAUUUCAGUACAUUUGGUGUGUUAUAGCUUAAGGAAAAAACGAUAACUAUUUAGGUCGGGUCCAAUUGUUCCUUUCAAUUUUUAAUUAAAUUGCAAUGAUUCCCUGUAAAAAUUAAAAUAACUAAUCUAAUAGACGUUAGACAUAUCAAACGUACAAAGCGUACUGAUUUUCCAAAAAAAAAAUAAUAAAUAAAGCUUUGUAGUUUGCUUAGACAGAAAAAAUCCGUUCACGUUUUGUAUAAUAAUGAUCCGAAACUCGAUGAGUAACUUGUAAAAUAUGCGGUGGAAGGAUAAUAAUGAAUAAAUAGUUUUUUAUACAG